CUUUUUUACUUAAGGUCUUUGAAGAAAGCAAACAGAAUGAGACUCUUCCCCCAACCCUCACUCAAGGUUUAAUUACUUUAAUCCCAAAACCCAAGAAAGAUUUACUUUUAAUUGACAAUUGGCCUCCUGUAUCUCUGCUUAACAAUGAUUACACAAUUUUAGCUCUUAUAUUUGUUAAAAGAUUAAAAUAUGUACUGGAUUCUGUAAUAGAUGAGACACAGUCUGGUUUUAUGAAUAAAAGACACAUUGUUAAAAAUAUAAGAUUGGUUCUUGAUUUAUUAGAUUAUUCAGAAUUGAUACAGGAGGACAGCUUUAUUCUGUUUUUUUAGAUUUUUAUAAGGUGUUUGAUUCUUUAAAGCACGUGUCAAACUCAAGGCCCACGGGCUGAAUGUGGCCCGCCACGUCAUUUUAUCUGUCCCGCGAGAACGUGAUAGGUGCAUGAUUGUCUUAACAUACGUUUUUGCUGUUCUCAUUCCCAACUCGUAAAAUACAGACGAGCUGUCACGCCCCUAGGCGUCUGAUACUGACGCAAAAGGGACCCUUCCACGUCUGUAUGAAACGCUCUGGAUUCUCAAUUGACUCCAAUGUAAACCCGUCCGCGGCGGUCAGAGACGCUCAGAGCAGACGCUCCAGCCGUCCAUUCACUCCAAUAAUAACCCGAUCACGGCGAUAGAUGACGCUGUGAGCUUCAGUCUGAUUGGAGAACCAUCAGUGUCGUCGGUGGUCGAGGAUUAUGGGUAAUGUAGGAAAUUUCUGCUAUCCAAAAUAUACGAAUAAAAUUUUAUUUCUCAGAAUCGAAGGAUAAAAAAAAUCAUACUGAGGGCCACAUAAACUACAUCUGCAGCAAAGUCCCUUCAAGGCGAUUUGGAAUUGAGAAAUUUCCACAAAUUAACCUCAACAUGUCCAAGAAAAGAAAAAUUGAUGCAUAAGGAAGGCAGUUUCACGAACCACGGGAGAACGAAUACAUGUUUGUACUUCAAGGUGAAAAACCAGUAUGUCUUUUGUGUUAUGAGGCGGUGUCAGUCGUGAAAGAGUACAAUCCACGUCGGCAUUUUGACACCAAACACGGCGCUAAGUAUAGUCAAUUUAGCCUCCAAGAAAAAGAAAGAAUUGCAGCAGAAAUAAAAGGCAAACUGCAGUCGCAGCAGAAUGUGGAAUUAGCAGGAAAUUUAGUAACACAGCUGGCCGAAGAGACACGCAGCUGUCUAUCUUUUUCAUCAGCUGUGGAUGAAAGCACAGACAACAUGGAUACAGCGCAUCUAUCCGUUUUUAUUAGUGGCGUGAAGCCGGACCUCUGUGUCACUGAGGAGCUCUUGGAUGUAGCUGCCCUGCAUGGGACCACAACGGGCCGGGACACUUUUGUUGCGGUGGAGAAGACCGUAAGUAAAAAUAAAUUGCCGUGGGAAAAGUUGGUGGGACUAACUACAGAUGGUGCACCUGCGGUGUGUGGAGGAAAAACAGGCUUGGUUGGACUAAUGAAGGAGAAAUUGUGAAAAAGUAACUGUCACCCACCCCUGAUAACGUAUCGGUGCAUCAUCCAUCAAGAAGCUCUGUGUGGAAAGGUUCUGGAGCUGGAUGAUAUCAUGACCACGGUCAUGAAAACCGUGAACUGUAUUCGGGCGCGUGGCCCGAAUCACCGCCAGUUCCAGCUGUUCUUGCAGGAGGGGGGCUCAGAGCAUGGAGAUAUGCCAUACCAUGCAGAAAAAAUGUUCACACGCUCCUCCAGACACUAUCGGGGCAUCAUGACCUCCUUUUAUUCCAUCUGCAUCGUCUUGGGUACCGUGUGUGUGAACCCCCUCUCUGCAGUACCUGAGUUCACUGUAUCUGGACAUGUGGGGUCUACAGCUGUCCUGCCGUGUGAACUGCAGACUGAAGUCACUGGAACACCGCAUAUUAAGUGGAGCAUCGAAUCUGAGACUGUGUUUGAGAGAGUCAGUGAGGAGACCUAUCAGGGUAAGGGAUAUGAGGGGCGUGUGGACGUUCCUGAGGAAGAGCUGCGUAAGGGGAACUGUUCCUUGGUGUUGCGCAAUCUGACACCUACUGAUGCAGCUGUCUACUGGAGCUACAAGAUAGUGAGUCACACCAAGAGAUCUGUCGAGACAGAAACAGUAGAGAGCCGUGUUUAUCUCUCAGUCGAAGGAAAACAGAAAGAAGAGCGUAAAGCUGAAAAGGAAGUUCCCAGAGCCGGGUUUUGGACAGGAGUAGGAGUAGGAGCAGCUGGGACUAUUGCAGUGAUUGGAGUGAUUGGAGUGAUUGGUGCUGUGGUGUACUGGUGUAUAAGAAGAAGAAACCAAAACCGCAGAAACCCUGAUCCUCCACAAACCUACUCGCUGCCUAAUACACAAAUAAAUCCUGCAAACACAAGUCAAGAUGUAAAUCCUAAUGAUCAAGGAGAACAUUUCAUGCUGAACACAUCACCAGACGAUCAUGUGAUCCUACAUUCAUACAUAAUGACAUCUAAUACCAACGGACUGCAGAGUUUACAGCCUACAGGGCCCUAUAGGCAAACUAUAGGAAUGGGGCCCUAUUCAGUGUUUUAACAGAUUCAAAUUUUCAGCAUACUUUAUUUAUCAUUAAUAAUUAAAAAUAUUUUGCAUGUUUGGGGGGCCCUUGGCUUCAAGGCGGUUGUCUUCCUUUGCCUAGUGCUCGAGUUUUGAACAAGCAGGAUAAACAGGGUGUCAGGUUCUACAGGGUUUUUGUCAUUUCCAUAAACACCUGCAUAUCCACAUGCUCAUGUACAAAUAAAUCCUUCACUGCACAGAUAUGACUCAGAUUUCCCUUUAUUUGCUUGGCAGAUGAUUAAAGCAGCUUACACACAAGACACAAUCAAAUUCAACCCAAACACAGAUUGGAGCUGUAGUAGCACCUCAGUUGAUCUGCUUCUUGUGGCAGUCCUAAGUGGAGGGAAACAUUUAUACAAUUUAGUAAAUCCAACUACGCCACCCUGGGGGAGAACCAGGGAAAUACUCCCAAAUAAAGGGACACAGAAGUUUUACCUACCAGGGCAAAGAACAUGAGUGAGACGCGAGUGCGAAUAUAAAAGUUACAUUUUAUUAUGACACUUAAUCAUUAGAACUAGACAUGUAAAUAUAAAAUCGCUCUCCCAUGAAGCACAAAAAGGAUUUUAAAACUAAGCACUUCUCCAGGCCCAGGCUUG